AUGUAUCGUUUAGUUCCAAAGUGCGGUCUCAAUUUCAAACCAACGGCUCAAAAGCCAAUUGACUAUAAUUAUGGUCCACGAUCUGUAGCCAUCGGUGAUUUAGAUAAUGACACGGUUUUAGAUAUGGUUAUUGCCCAUCAUAUAGUCAACAAAAUAGCUGUGUAUUUAGGAAAUGGUGAUGGCAAUUUUAGAAAUCCAACCAUGUAUUCAACACGUUCCUACUCUAGUCCUUACAUGGUCACAGUUGCUGAUUUCAACAAUGACAACCGAUUGGAUAUAGCAGCCGCGAAUUUCGGCACUAACAAUAUCGGCAUCUUUUAUGGAUUUGGGAGUGGAUCUUUUGCAAGUCAAAUAGAACUUUACACAGGCUCAUCGCGUCCGAUAGCAAUUAUUGCCGUUGAUUUCAACAAUGACUCACUACUUGAUAUUGCCAUUGCGAAUUACGGAACUCACAGUAUUAGUAUAUUCUAUGGAUAUGACCAUGGAAAUUUUUCGCCUCCAAUUACGUAUUCAACAGGUUAUGAUUCUCUUCCAUCCUCAUUAGCUGCUGGAGAUUUCAAUAACGACAACUAUUUAGACCUCGCCAUCGCCAAUUAUGGUACGAAUAAUGUUGGCGUACUUUUUGGAAAUAGUAGCAGAACUUUUGAAAAACAAAUCACGUUUUCAACUGGAUUUGCUUCUCAUCCAUACUCAAUCGCUGUUGGUCACUUUAAUGAGGACGGAUUUGUCGAUAUAGUCAUUGCCAAUUCUGGAACCCAUGAAAUAGGUGUACUUUUGAACAAUGGCAAUAGAACUUUCGCUAAUCAAGCCAUCUAUUCCGUUGGUUCUGCUUCUCCAUAUGCGGUUGGUGUCGGAGACUUCAAUCAAGAUAAUCGAUUAGACAUCAUCAUCACUAAUAAUGGCAUUGAAAAUAUAGGUGUACUUCUUGGGUAUGGAAACGGUCAUUUUAAAAAUCCAAUUAUGUAUUCAACUGGAUCUUAUUCUUCAAUUUCUGUUGCCAUAGGUGAUCUCAAUAAGGACCAUCGAUUAGAUAUUGUCGUUGUAAAUAAUGAUACUGGUGCCAUAGAUAUUCUCCUUGGUCACUUUGGGGGUUUUUUAAAUCAAACCAGGUAUUCAGCUGGCUCUCAUCCACAAUCUGUAGUUGUUGGUGAUUUCAACAACGACACUCGACUAGACAUCGUUGUCGUCAAUCCGAAUAGUGAUGAGGUGAGGGUUCUUCUUGGAAGUGGAAAUGGUUCUUUUGAAAAUCAAACAAGGUAUUCAGCUGGCUCUUAUCCACAAUCUGUAGUUGUUGGUGAUUUCAACAACGACACUCGACUAGAUAUCGUUAUUGCCAAUUCAGGUAGCAAUGAUGUGAGUGUCCUUCUGGGAAAUGGAAAUGGUUCUUUUGAAAAUCAAACAAGGUAUUCAGCUGGCUAUGGGCCACAAUCUGUAGCUGUUGGUGAUUUCAACAACGAUAAUCGACUAGAUAUCGUUGUCGCCAAUUGGAAUAGCAAUAAGGUGAGUGUCCUUCUUGGAAAUGAAAAUGGUUCUUUUGAAAAUCAAACAAGGUAUUCAGCUGGCUCUUAUCCACAAUCUGUAGUUGUUGGUGAUUUCAACAACGAUACUCGACUAGAUAUCGUUGUCGCCAAUUUUGAGAGCAAUGAUGUGAGUGUUCUUCUUGGAAAUGGAAAUGGUUCCUUUGAAAAUCAAACAAGAUAUUCAGCUGGCUCUUAUCCACAGUCUGUAGUUGUUGGGGAUUUCAACAACGAUACUCGACUAGAUAUCGUUGUCGCCAAUAUGGGUAGCAGUGAUGUGAGUGUUCUUCUUGGAAAUGGAAAUGGUUCCUUUGAAAAUCAAAUAAGAUAUGCAGCUGGCUCUUAUCCACUAUCUGUAGUUGUUGGUGAUUUCAACAACGACACUCGACUAGAUAUCGUUGUCUCCAAUUCGGGUAGCAAUGACGUGAGUGUCCUUCUUGGAAAUGAAAAUGGUUUUUUUGAAAAUCAAAUAAGGUAUUCAGCUGGCUUCUCACCACAAUCUGUAGUUGUUGGUGAUUUUAACAACAACACUCUACUAGAUAUCGUUGUCGCCAAUUCGGGUAGCAGCGAUGUGAGUGUCCUGUUGCAAUAUGGAGCGCUAACAUAUAAAAGCGCUUAUGCAUCUGGCGGUGGAUCUAGCCUACAAUGCGUAGUGAUUGGUGAUUUGAACAACGAUACUAACCUGGAUAUCGUCUUAGCUAAUUAUGGAACUAACAAUAUCGGCGUCCUUUUUGCAUAUGGAAAUGGUAGUUUUAAAAACCAAAUGAUGCUCAGUGCUGGCGCUAAUUCUCAUCCGAUUUCCGCUGCGGUUGGGGACUUCAAUGGUGACCUCGUAGUGGAUAUUGCUUUAGCCGUUAAUGGUACCAAGCAUGUAGAUAUGAUGCUUGGAAAUGGGAAGGGAAAAUUUGCAAUCCAAACAAGUUAUAAAAUUGGUUUUGAUUCACCUCCAUUAGUUAUGGCUUCUGGUGAUUUUAAUAAUGACAAUCGAUCGGAGAUUAGACUGUAUUCAGCUGGCUCUUAUGCACGAUCUGUAGUUGUUGGUGAUUUCAACAACGAUACUCGACUAGAUAUCGUUAUCGCCAAUGGCAAUAACAAUGAUGUGAGUGUCCUUGUUGGAAAUGGGAAUGGUUCUUUUGAAAAUCAAACAAGGUAUUCAGCUGGCUCUUAUGCACAAUCUGUAGUUGUUGGUGAUUUUAACAACGAUGCUCGACUAGAUAUCGUUGUCGCCAAUUAUUUCAGCGAUGAUGUGAGUGUUCUUCUCGGAAAUGGAAAUGGUUCUUUUGAAAAUCAAACAAGGUAUUCAGCUGGCGAUGGGCCACAAUCUGUAGUUGUUGGGGAUUUCAACAACGACACUCGACUAGAUAUCGUUGUCGCCAAUCACUAUAGCAAUGAUGUGAGUGUUCUUCUUGGAAGUGGAAAUGGUUCUUUCGAAAAUCAAACAAGGUAUUCAGCUGGCUAUAGACCACUAUCUGUAGUUGUUGGUGAUUUCAACAACGACACUCGACUAGAUAUCGUUGUUGCCAAUUGGAAUAGCAAUGAUGUGAGUGUCCUUCUUGGAAAUGGAAAUGGUUCUUUUCAAAAUCAAACAAGGUAUUCAGCUGGCUAUGGGCCACAAUCUGUAGUUGUUGGUGAUUUUAACAACGACAAUAGACUAGAUAUUGUUGUCGCCAAUUUUGUGAGCGAUGAUGUGAGUGUCCUUCUUGGAAAUGGAAAUGGUUCUUUUGAAAAUCAAUCAAGGUAUUCAGCUGGCUAUGGACCACGAUCUGUAGUUGCUGGUGAUCUCAACAACGACAGUCGACUAGAUAUCGUUGUCGCCAAUUUUGAGAGCAAUGAUGUGAGUGUCCUUCUUGGAAAUGGAAAUGGUUCUUUUGAAAAUCAAACAAGGUAUUCAGCUGGUUCUCUGCCACAAUCUGUAGUUGUUGGAGAUUUCAACAACGAUACUCGACUAGAUAUUGUUGUCGCCAAUUACUAUAGCAAUGAUGUGAGUGUCCUUGUUGGCUAUGACGAUAUAGUUUUUGUAAAGCAAGUGAUACUGGUAACUGGAAAUGAUUCUCGACCACAAUCUUUAGUAAUUAGCGAUUUUAAUAAUGAUGGUCUGAUGGAUAUCGGCGUAGUCAAUUCACUUACUCACAAUAUUGGUAUUUUUCUUGGAUAUGGUAAUAUAUCUUUUACAAAUCAAGUUACAUAUUCCACUCACCCAUAUUUAUUUCCAUGCUCUAUGGCUGUCGGUGAUUUCAACAAUGAUACUCAGGUAGAUAUUGCUUUUGGUAGUUGUGACUCUGAUAAUGUUGGCAUUUUGCUUGGAUAUGGCAAUGGAUCUUAUCGAGAUCUAAUAGCAUAUUCAACAGGUUCAAAUUCGUCUCGAUACUCUUUAGCUGUUGGUGACAUUAACAAUGACACUAUACAAGACAUUGUCGUCGCAAUUCAUGAUACCAAUUAUCUAGGCGUACUUCUUGGAGAUGGCAACGGCACUUUUGCAAGCAUCAUCUUAUUUCCGUUGAACUAUGGAUCCAAUCCAUCCUGUAUUGUUGUUGGAGACUUCAAUAACGAUAGAAAACUAGAUUUUGCUGUCGCUAAUAGUGGUACUGACAGUUUAAAUAUUCUCUUGCAGACUUGUUAA